CGCAAUAUUGCAGUCGGCCAUUUUAAUUUUAAACGAUUAAAAAUAUAUUUAGAAAUCGAUCAUUUUUAAUGGAUAGGCCUGAGUGCCAUAUUGAAUCUUUUAUCAUUAUGCAUAAAUAGGAUUAAAUCAUUGUUUAUUUAUAUAGUUUGCAGUCAACAUGCAGAACUUUCUGAACCUUGGGAUUGGAUAACGGAAUUGUAGUGCUGAACUAUGGAUCCUUCAAGUGGAGGCCAGAAUGCUAUGUCUAAUGACCCGAGUCUGUAUGGUCAACAAACUGCCUUGGCCAGUGCUGGGAUGUACAAUCAGAUGAUGAUGGGUGGGUACAGCGCAAACUCGGGGUCUGGAGUGGAAGGAUUAUCCGUGCAGUGUGAUAUGGUGAAUUCACAAGUGAAUGUUUUACCAUCCAUGGGAACAUUUAUCGGUCAGCCGAGUUAUUCUAACUGUCUUACAAUGCAAGGCCAACAAUCUCCACAUAUAGCACGACUGGGUAUGCAGAACCUCUCAGCUUAUCCCAACAUGGCACAGAAUGUUUGCGUUCCAUCAAAUAACACACUACCUAGUUUUGGACAUUGCUUUUUAACCCCAUCUUUCAAUCAACAGCAGACACAGCUUACUCAACAAGUUUUUAACACAAACCAAGAUAGAAUGUCCGGUGGAUUUCAUGUGAUUUCUAACCAUAUGCCAAGUAUGGCAAUGACUAUGUCAUCAACUGCAAAUCCAAUAUAUAUGUCUGGUACUACUUUUAUAAAUAAUAGUGCUUAUGUUCCAAAAUCUAGUGUUACUGAAAGUGCGAGUGCAUCAAUAGCCAGUUCAGAGAGUAAGCAGAUUCAAAGUACAAGUGUUUACAAUGUGAUCUCAAGCAUGCCACAGAAGACAUUUCCUCAGAGACAGAAAUCCCGAGAGUCGGUAGAAGAAAAUGUAGUCUCUUCAACAUGUGCAACAUUAACUUCUCCUGUUGUUCCAGUACCACCUGCAUCGGAGGUUCUAUCUCAAAACCAGAUGGAUUUGACUAAAACUCUUCAUCAAAAUGUGAAUAUAAAACCAAGUGAAGGAGCGCUGCAGCAUAUCCCGCCAAAAGGGGGUGUGAACAAAGCAUGUGACAAAAUUCCAGAGCAAGAGUUUAUCCCCAAAACAGAUCAGACAUCUAGUCUAAAAGAAGACACAGCUCAGGUUGUCGUCCCUUUGGGUUGGAGAAGAGAAAAAAAAGAUGGUGCUAUUGUAUAUUACAGUCCAAGUAGUGUUCCAUUGUGUUCAGUGGAAGAAAUUACCCAGUAUUUACUGUCAGACUCCACGUGUAAGUGUGGUUUGGAAUGCCCUGUGAUUGUUAGUAAGACAUUUAAUUUUGAUAUAUCAGUGGACUCUAAGGCCUGGAGUCUAGACAUGACCAAGUCCUCGGAGGACCUCAUGAAUCUCUGUAACCACAGACGUAAAAUUAUCAACAUGGCUACUGCAUUCCAUGGCUCUAUGCUGACCGGUGUGGAGGACGUGGGGAGUAGUAAUCUCCAGGGCUCAAAGUCAACUGAUAAAACUAAAAGCAAAAAGAAACGAAGCAGAGCUGGUAGCUACAGUACACCUUAUGACAGAGUCCGUGUAGCUGACCUUAUAGCAGAGAGGGAUAGACUACGGUCUGAGGAGGAAACUCUGGCCAGGCAAUCUAAUAAGGAGUCCAGUGACAAGCCAGGCAUGACCAAUGUUGGUGUCCAGUCUCCACUGGACCUUGCAAAAUCACCACCUCCUAACAGUUCCAAGGCAGGCUUACUGUCUCCUACAAUACCCCAAACAAACCCUCUUCAACCUCGACUCCAGGCUGUGUCAGAUGUAUCACAGUUUUAUCCUCCGCAUUUAUCUUCCAUGCAGUCUGUUGGAAUGUUACCAAACACUUACACACAAACAAUAGCUGAUGCCAUGAAUGCUGCUAGAAGCAGCAAUGUUCAGUUGCCAAAUCAGUCUCCAGCAUAUUACACCACAGGGAGUGUUCAUCCUCAACCAAUGGGUAAUCUCCCUCCUUUAGGAAGCCCUCCCAUGGGCCCCCAUGGUUUCAGCAUGUUUUCUAAUACUGGCUUUGGGUUGCAGCAUGGUUACAUGGAUAAAAGAGGUAACACUUCCUAUCCCAUGCCCUAUACCAAACCCUCAAUGUACAGAUUCACAAACCCUGCACUCUCAGACCUUAUUGACCCAGCUUCAUGGACAGAAAAAAAGAAACCAAGACCUAAAAAACCAAGGGCUAAAAAAGAUAAAAAGAAAACAACCUCUGUGUUUGAAAGUGGCACACCACCUCCAAAUGUGGAUGUGAGUGUACUCAAAGAUCAAGGACAUGGACCAAUACCAAAGGUCAAAACCUCUACUCCCUCCAGUCAGUUUCUAGAUAACCCAACAGGGUAUUUAGCCGACCAGACAUCUAUGAUAAAGACUUCUCUAGCAUCUAGCUGUCAGGAUUCAAAAGAAAACCCCAGCACAUCCCGAGUUUCUGGUGCAUUCCCUAAGUCUAGUUCUUCCAGCUUUGGAAGUGCUAGUGACAAUCUUGAUGUUAGUACAAAUGUGGUGGUUCACACGUCUCAGACAGAGAGACCAGACCUGAGUAUAUCUAUAACAGAUACAACAAUGAGAGCCCUGUCCAUGAGCGAUAACACCUUCACUGAGGAUCGCUGCCAUUCAUUGUCACCUAGUGACUCAAAUGGAGAAUGCCCAGCAGAGACAAUGAUGCCCACUUCUAUUGUGCAUCACACAGGUAAAACAGAAGUUCCAAAAGUGGAAAUCAAAGUCUCUGAUAGCAUAAAAACCACAGAAAUAUCAGGUCUUGCUACAAUACCAAUGCAGGCACUAAGUACUGUUAAUUCUAAGCAGAGUGAUGGUACAGUGUUACCAAAUUUCAGCACCAUACAGCAGUUGUUAGGAUAUAACAUGUCCAAUCAAUUUCCUGCCAGCAAAAUGUUAUCUGCUGCUGCUCGGGCUCAAAUGGCUCAGAAGACCACUGUCUUACCAACAGAACUAAACAGUGUUCAAGUGACUCAACAGUUGCUGUCAUCAUUUCAGAAGACUUUUAUGGACAAACCUGGAGCCAGUGUUGGCCUUGUAGCAAGUGAACAAGAAGCCCUCAAACUUCUUGCUCAGAAUGCAACACUGGUCUCUUCAACCAUGUCAGACAUUCUACCAGUGUCUCAUCAUAGCAGCUCAAGUGCUGGAGGUUUGAAGAUCUCAGCAAGUGCAAAUCCCACAUUAUCUGUGGAUUCUCAAAUCCCGAGUGUCAUGUUGCAAUCAGGAUCUCAACCACAAAUCAGCACUGCAAUAUCAAAUGUUCUCACUGUUUUAAAUAAUACCCAGCAAACACCACAGCAGAUCCUAAGUUCCCAUAAUGCACCAAUACUAAGCACCCAGACUACACCUAUUGUAUCAACACAAAUGGUCUCUCAACCACUUGCAGUAUGUAGUACCCAGUCAGUUCAAAUUACAGGAUCACAAUCAACUAUGGUCCACACUCAAACUGCCCAGAUCGCAGGAACACAACAAACCCCAAUAAUUUACACUCAAGCCAAUUCCAUUCUAACCACACAAACAACUCCCAUCAUACACACACAAACUACACCAAUUAUCAACACACAGGCAACUCCAAUAAUGAACACUCAAAAUUCUCAAUUUUUGUCUGCUGUUGGAAAUAUUAAUCAAAAUGCUGUUAUGUUUCCAAAUCCAGCUUUGAACUGUGCACAGAAUAACUCUGUGUUUAACCCAGUGAUGAACUCCUCCUCUCUGAUGAUGCCAGGGAACCUUACUUAUACACCAGAUCAAUGCAUGCCUGCUAACUUUAACCUUGGGGGAGUUGGGAACCAACAGAUUGUGGGAAAUAACUCCAAUGUUUGCAUCAAACCCUUGGGACAGUUCAUCAAUAUGGACACAAACCAGAUCAAGCAAGCAUUACCAACCCAGUCCUGUGAUCUCACCCAGAGCAAUCUGCCAUCAGGAUUACCAACCACUCCAGGUCAACUGUUGGUCUUACCAAAUCUUCAAAUGCCAUUGGUCCAAGUGUUUGGCAGUGGCCAGAAAAAUGGAGCACCUGACAUUAAUUCUCUUCUAUCACAGCUUCAGACAAAUUUGGCACCUAUGUUUAAUGCACAACAAGUUUGGAACAAUCUAACGACAGGCAGCAACUUGACAGCUAUGCAGCUGCAAACUCUGCAACUGCAGCAACAGCUUCUGCAACAGAUUCAACAGCUCCAGGGUAUGCAGUCUCUAAUUAGCCAGUUUAAUGCCGGUGAUAUGACUAAGGUUCCAGCCCAGUUCCCUAUGGAAGUGGACAGGAAAGACAGCAAUGCUUUGUCCAUGGUUACUAUGGUGAAUGAUGUUUCCACAACAACAGAGUCACCUCCUUUGCAGAGUCAAGAAAAUGAUGAAGAGUCUAACAUGGAGGUAGGUUCAGAGGUCACUAGUACACAUGUUGGAAAUGCCGAAUCUCAAAAUGUGGAUAGUACGGAAGGAGAUGAAUCUCAGAAUCCAGAUAUGGAGGACAAGAGUACACACAUCCAGAUGGAUAUGGAUUCUGGAACAUCACCAGAGAAAGAGUUGGAUAAGGAUCAGGAGACACCAGAAACUGUGAUGGUAAUAGAUGACUACACAGAGAGUACGGAUACUCCUUAUUCCAAUACAGAGCAGGAAAAUUGCAGUGUUACCCAGGGGUUGUCUGAAGAAUAUGAAGAAAAUUCUUCCCAAGAGUAUGCUGAUGAAAGUGAUUCAAAAAUUCAGAGUAGCACACAAACAAAAAUGGAGAUAAUUCAAUCAAAAGAAAUAGGUUGUGACACUAGCUCAGUUAGAGAGUCUUUCAGUAAAGAAAGAAUUCAACACAACAAAAAUGAGGGUAAUGCAGAGGCAGAAAGUACGUUGGAGAAGAAAAGUGACGUAGACACUGAGAAAAAGACCAUAAGUACACAGGAAGAGAAGAGUAACACUAGUAAUGACUAUAUGUGUGUUCCAGACUCCAGCCAAGCUGGAGAAAACAUCAGCAAGCAGUCUUUUGUUCCUCCUUUGGUGACAAGCAGUACAAAACAUUCCAAAAACACAGCAGAGUCCACCUCAGAGACACCAGCAAGCAAACAAGAAGAGGAUUCCAACAUAUCUAAAGGUGUUAAUGGAGGGGUAACUUUUAUUGAAGGAGACCUGAUUUGGGGUCAGAUCAGGGGUUUUCCUUCUUGGCCUGGUAAAGUGGUACCACCUUGUGAGGUCAUAGACCCAGAACCAUUGGAAAUGGGAAAGAUUUGGGUGAAGUGGUAUGGUGACCACACCUUUACCCAGGUGGAACAGGACAAACUGAAAUCUCUGGAGAAUGGGCUGAAGGCCCAUCAAAGGCAGAAAAACAGGAAGGGGAGGAAGAUGAAUUCAAAUCUAGAGGCCGCAAUACAAGAGGCAUUGGCAGAUUUAGGUCAAAUUACCGACAGCAACAUCAACAGCAAGGGAAAGACGAGCAAGAAAAAACGAGUGAGGUAGCAGAAAUGAAAAAGAAUGGGGGAUGUCAGCUGUUAUGUGUUAGAGUUAUAAUGUAAAGAAAACCUAAUGUGAAUUUAGGUGCAGGAAGAAUAAUCAAGAAACUGAUUGUUUAAAAUUGAGAUACAAGUAUGGUUUAUAGAACUUUUUUUUUCUAAUUGUGGUAUUUUGCAAUCAUAAUUUUGUAUUGAUUUCGUAAAUUCAGAAAACCAGGAAUAGCAAGUUCAUUGACACCUUACUUUCACUUUUAAGGGGAAUAACCUUGAAGAGAAAAAAGUGAGGUAAAUGUGAAAUUUAUUUUAAAAAAAUACCACAAAUGCAAACAGUAAUGUGAGCAUUUUUUUUGUUUACUCAGAUCAUUAAUUGAUCAUUGAUAAAAGCCCUUCAUCUAUGCAUAUAGUUAGUUCAUGUACAGAUAAUGUACUGAUGCCAAAAAAUGAUAUGAGAAAUGUCUGUUUUGAUGACAUUCUUGAAGUAAUGCAUAAUACAUUAUGUACUCUACAUAAAUCUUGUUUCUUACUUGCAUAUCAUCUUUGUACUGUACUCUUAUUUCCAACCAAACAAAUAUCAAAAAUAUUUUUUUUUUCAAAUUGUGAAGAGAUUCAAGAUUGAAUUACUGAAAUGAAUUUAUAGAAAUAUUUUGAUGUCAAUUGACAUGAUACAAAAUAUAUAAUUAGUUAUCAUGUCUCAAACUUUUAAUUGUCAACUGGGAAUGUUUUUGCUUUUGGAUAUUUAUAAAUAUUUCUGAUUUUUGAUUGGCUGGAGGAAUAAUAGAUCUGGGAAUUACUAGGUCCUUGCAGACCAUUGGCUGUGAUAUGUCUAUGAAAAUGGCUAUGUACAGAUAAAUUUGAUAAUGAUAUAUAUUACAUAUAUACUAGUAUCAUAAUAAGGUGUGGUGUACAGCAAGUGCUUUCUAUGCCCCUAUCUCAAUGAUUUGGGGUCGUAGCCCUGGCCUGUCUGUUUCUAUAUUCCCAGUUUACAAGGGACAUAACUGUUGAAUUAUUUAAGAGCUCAUAGGUCAAUGUUAAAAAAUGAAGUCUAUUUGGAAUUGUCAAGAACCAAAAAUGAUAAUUUUCACAAUAUGUUUUUCAUGUUUUCAAUCAUUAUAUUCUUGCUUUGAAUUUAACAUUUUUAAAACUAUAUUUGGUAUUGAGGGUUACAGUAAUUACAUAUAGUUGCAGAAAAUACAUAUAUAGGAUAGCAUUUACAAUGGAAGUAUUUUUCUAUGGAAAAUACAAUUCCUAAAUGAUAUACUUAAAUGUUCAUCAAAAUUAUUCCAUUAUACAUUGUAAAUAAUUUUUGUACAGCAUUUAAUUGUAGGAAACCCUUUAUUGUUAUUCAUUAGCACCAUAUCUUCAGUGCGACCUUCUAUGUGCCAUGCUUGAUAUAUAUAUAUAUAAUACAUGUGUUGUAUAAAGUACUUAUAUUUACAUUAUACACAGGAGCCUUGUGUUGAUCAUAGGGUAUAUUGUAAUGACAAUUUCUGAUGACAUUUUAUAUUUCUGUUUACUCCUUUGCUGUCCUGUUGUUUUGGUUGAAGGCUAUUGGUAUUUUUGGAAAGAAUAAACUCUCCUUGAGUUGGUUAUUUUUGAUAGAUAAAUUGCUCUCUAAUUUAUUUGUUAUAUGUAACAGUUACUGUGGUACUGUCUUUUGUUUUAAUGACUUUCAAAACAAACACCCAUUAGUUGAAACUACAGCAAAAUUGAUCAUUUUUAGCUUAUAACUCUACAUAUACAUGUUUAUGUAGAUGUUUGUGUAAAGUUUAAACAUUAUAUGUGAUAACUUUUUUUUUUUUAAAGAAAAUCAUUUUAGGACUUUAGAUUUUUUUCUGCAUCAAAUGCAGUUCAUACUAUAUUUAAGGAAAUUGUUUGUGUACAGUAGCUGUCAGGUACAUUUCAUUUCUCAUUAUACAGUGUACAUGUGUGCAAUGUGUUUCAUAUGAAUCGUUUCUUUAUUUUUGAAUACAGAUAUUUAGAUGGAAUUUUCAUAACCUUUUCUUUUCUUACAUUCAAUUUUUAAACGUUCACAAGAUUAGAUAGACUUUAUUUCUAACAAGUAGAAAAAGCAUUAUUUUUUUUUUAUUUCAGCAAAAUCUCAUGUUUUUUCAUUUAGUGCAUUUUAAUGAUAAGCAAAAGUCUUAAUGGCAAUGUUGUAGAGAUAUAUGUUGCGACUUUAAGCUUUUCUUGUUUUUAUUUGCUUUGUUUGUUGAGUCCUGUGUUAGCAGGUAACGAGUGCUCAUUUCUGUUAUGUUUUACACACAAAUAAAAGUAUCUCAGGAAUGUCCCAUCAGAUUGAAAAAAAAAAUUGUUGACAGUUGCUAUGGUUACCACAUGUUGAUGGUGGGUUUGAUUCCUAGAUCUGUUUUUUGUGUAGCAGAGGAAAAUAAGUGCUUACUAUUGUUAUUAUUAUAGGUAACAAUGUUAAAGAAAUGUACAUUUUAAGGUUUGUGCAAAUUUUACUUUUUAGCAUAUUAAAAUCAUAAUAUAUUGCU